AUGGCAUCAAUCAAGGAUCUGUUGAAUCCAGAUCCAGAUUCACCAGAUUCACCAGAUUCACUAGAUUUACGAGCAGUAGUGUUACCUAACCCGCCCGCUCUGGGCCCUGGGUUUCCCAAUACAUGCCUCCCAGAGCCCUCGAGGCAAUACCAUUCGGAGCUCCAAGAGCCACGCCUCACCGAGUUCUCUAACACCCCGUUCGCAGCAUUCAGGCGGUUGAAAACUGCUUUACCAACGAAUACUGCCUCAACCCCUCCGACGAAGCUACUGUGGGGGGAGGUCCGCUACCCACCUUGCGAAGAGCGAGAUGAGGACCUAGCCAGAAUACAUGAGGAGUUCCAAAUGAAGCCCAUGGGCGGGAUCGCCAAAUACCCUCGUCAUAUCCCAUACCAGAGUGACAAAAAGUCGUUUCAAGAGAAGACAGGUCGUGAUAGCUUCCAUGUCUUCCAUUACACGUUCAAGAGACCGGGCUGUGAUAUUGUGUGGACUGUAAUGUGGGAUUACAAUGUUGGACUUGUGCGCACUACGCAUCUCUUUAAGUGCUUGGGCUACGCAAAGACUGUACCUGGCAAGGCACUGAGAAACAACAGGGGCCUGGAAGAUAUCUGUCACAGCAUCACCGGCGGAGCAAUUUUGGCUCAAGGCUACUGGUGGCCGUACGAUGUGGCCAAGGCCAUGGCUGCCCAAUUUUGCUGGAAGAUUCGCUACGUCCUGACGCCCAUAUUUGGCACUGAUUUCCCUUCCAUGUGCAUACCGGAAGGUCAGCCUGGUCAUGGCAUUAUGAGGAUCGGUGCAAACAUCGUGGCGAAAGCCACUGAGACUGCCAAUUUCUACCGCAGCCUUGAAGUCCAGAAGACCCAUGCUACUUCGAGCCAGGGUUCUCAACAGUUCAGGCUGAAUGAACACCAGCGAACAGGUCGCCAGCGCUCUGUCGUCUGUGGUGACCAAGACCGACAGCGUCACAGGCCCAAGUUCGCUCGACACAGCUACGAGGACAGCAUUAGCAGUGCCCGAGACUCGUCCUCGGAGCCGUACUGUUACUCUCCUCAAAGUCCUACGAGCUCGUGGACACCGGUGAAUGUCCCGCCUCGCAGCUCAUAUGUUCCUCCCCAGGGAGGCAGUAUCUCCCCGAGUCAGUUCUUUUAUCCCCUCGGUACCCGUCGGAAUCAGGACACAUCGAGUGAAUGGAGUGGAUCUGAAAACGGCGGUAUCACUAGAUUCAACUUCCCCUCGCUCGCCAAAGGAGACACCGAAAUGGACCACAUGGAUUCCGGCCCGGCCGAUAUUGAGACAGAAGGGUCCUGCACCGACUCUGGUUUUCCCGACGAUGAGUCUGACGAUGACGACGAUGCCUAUGCUCCUGUCUCUCGAGAUUCAACGGGCGAUGAGACUAUGAGUGCGAGAAAGAAUCCUCCUCGGUCUGUUCGGACUCGGAGAAAUGAUCCUUCGCCAUCCGCACGCCAUUUUGCGUAUGAGUUCAAGGCAGCUCAUGCCCUGCUCCAUUUGCAUAUGCAGCAGACCCAAGACGAGCAAGAUUCCAUUGAAGCUGUCUCGAAUGCUCGCAAGAGACGUUGCGCUUCUCUGUGA